AAAAAUAUGCACAACCAGACCAGACACCAACCACAGUGAGCAUGUUGAAGCGACGAGAGCAGUUGGCAAUUUUACUUUUGGCUAUUUUUGCCUUUCAGUACACCGAAGGACUUUUCAAGAAACUGAUCACCGUCGAAAAUGAUGGCAUCGAUGACGAGAGUGACGAGCAUGUCAGGUGGAAAUUUCCCACUGUCAAGUUCCUUAAACCCUUCAGCCUUUUUGAUAAGAAAAUAGAAAAAGUUGAGAAUAAAUUAGAGAAGAAAAAGGAAGGCUUAGAGGAAUUGAUACAGGAAAAAUUAGCGAAGUGGGAAGAGAAGAAGGAAAAAUUCGAUGAGAAAUUGUUGAAUUUAUUCGACACCAUCAAAGAAAAGGAGCAGAACAAGUUUGAGAAAAAGGCUGAACUCAAGGAUUUAAUCAAAGAUAAACAUUUAACUACACCGGCGCCAGUUUAUGGUCCCCAACUGCCAGAUGCAUAUGCUCCACAUCCCGCACCUGCUUAUGGAUCUCAUCAGCUACCGCCGACAUACCACCAGCCACCAGCUGCAAAGUAUCAUGGCGCUCCCUCCCCUGCACCUGCACCGUCUUCAUCACCUUCAUAUCACCCACAGCCACCGGCACCAGCACCUGCCCCAGUUUAUCCGACGCCAGCAACAACGCCAGUGCCAGUUUAUCGCACACCAGCUCCUGCACCAGCUCCAGCUUAUCACGCACCCCACCCUGCGUCAGACUAUGCACAUCCACCAGUGUAUGCGCAUCGUUAUUCGUCAUAUGAGCACCGACCUUCAGCGUAUGAUCAUCAUACUCCAUCGUAUGGCUAUUACUCAGGACCAACACCUGCCCCCAGAUACCAUGCGCCUUCUCCACAUAGCUCUUACUCGAGUUAUAAGCCAUCAAAGCCGGCACCAGCUCGUUACUACGACCAUUGCUCAAGCGAGGAACAUUCGUACUCAUAUAGAAAAGCGAGGCCAGCAAGACCAGCAAGACCAGCUAGACCUGUACAACCAUCCUAUACAAACUCUCGUUAUAAUGAUGAAUAUGAAGUGCGCUACUUCACUUAAUAUGACAUUAAAUUUUCUGAGUUGAGAUAUUUUCAAUUUA